UUAUCGAUAUAGUUUGUUUACCAUAUUUAAAUUAUGAAUUGGAUUAUAUGAAUGUUGAAAUCAGUUGAAGAUGGAAAGGUUAAUGCUUUGUUGGAACUAAGAUUUUACUGAAGAGAAAUUUUAUGGGAGAACAUACAAAAGAAAAUAUGGAGGGAAACAUUUUCCUGAAAUUCCAUGACUUAUUUUUGUUUUUAAUAUAUAUGCUAUAUAAAAAUUCCUUUUAUAUUUAUUUCUGAAACUUUCAAAAUUUUAUAAAAAUAUAUAAAUUUGACUCUUUAAAAAAGCAAAAGAAAAAAAAAACUAUUCCUUUCCUUUAUUAUUUGUUUAUGAUCCAAAUAAGAGAAAGAAAAAUCUCCUUCAAAUCUAAGUUUGAAACAGAGGGAAAAGUCUCUAUAUGGAUUAAGGACUUGAAACUUUAUUGUUUUUUUUCCCGCAGAGCACAUGAUCCUACUAUUUAAUGUUCUACUCUGUUUAUGUUUAGUAUUUAUUAUUCAGUGAAUGGCAACAAGGAUUUGUUUCAUAUUGGUCAGCGCGUUAAAAUUGCCUUACAAGUGUUUGAUUGAGUGCUUCAGUUAAUGUAAAACUCUUUUUGACUGAUUGUCAGGGAGUUUUCUGUUUGCUUCAAUAUCAUUGGAGCUGUUGAAGGAGGUUGUUAGAAUUAAAGUGUGUCACUUUAUGAUUUGACCAUUUCUUCAUAACAAGAGUUAGAUAGUCUCAUCAAUUAUCAUACUUAUAGAAAACUUAUUACAGUAAUUCUAUAAUGUCAAUUUUGUCAAAAUUACGAUGUAUUACGGUGGAUGUAACUGGUACAUUGAUGGCUUACAAGGGAGAGUUAGGAGACUACUAUUGCAUGGCAGCCAAAUCUGUUGGUCUGCCUUGCCCUGACUAUAAACGGGUACAUGAGGGCUUCAAACAUGCAUAUAAAGACAUGGCUCAAAAGUAUCCAUGUUUUGGAUAUGCUGCCAAAAUGCCCAACAUUGUGUGGUGGAAAACUUGUGUAAGAGACUCAUUUAUCAGGGCCGGUUAUGACUACGAUGAAGAGACAUUUGAAAAGGUGUUUAGACGCAUAUAUGCUUCAUUUGGUUCUUCCGCCCCUUACACCAUCUUUCCAGACUCCCAACCAUUUUUAAGAUGGGUCCGUGAGCAGGGUCUUCAGGUUGGCAUUAUUAGCAAUGCAGAAUACCGGUAUAAAGAAGUGAUUCUUCCAGCAUUGGGCCUGAACGAGGGAUCUGACUGGGACUUUGGUGUAUUUUCUGGUCUCGAAGGCGUUGAGAAACCGGAUCCAAGGAUUUACGAAAUUGCCCUUGAGAGGGCUGGAAAUCUUCCUCCAGAACAAGUACUGCAUAUCGGUGACAGUAUGCGGAAAGAUUAUGUGCCAGCAAAGAGUGUAGGAAUGCAUGCAUUGUUGUUGGAUCGAUUUAAGACAACUGAUGCCGAAGAAUGGAGGAAAUCUGGCGCAAUUGUGCUCCCUGAUUUGAUGGGAGCAAAAGAAUGGCUUCUUUCAGACAAGUCAUGAAGAAGAAGCAUGAUUGGAUUUUUCUCUCCCCCUUGAAAGGAAAGAUUGGUUAGUGGCUAGCAGAGAUUGUUUUCUCACAAAGUGAGGCUUCACUCUAAUCUAUAUGUACACAAGUUAGAAAAGUUUGAUGAAUGAGAAAAUGAAACCUGCUAGAUUAUGAAAAUGACUCUAAUAAUUAAGUGGAAAUAAAAUACAGGAUAGGGGAAGAGUUGCACCAUUUGCGUUUUUAUUUUAUUGAGUAAUUUUUAAAUAUAAAUAUAGUUGAACAAUGAUGGGUCAAAUUAUAAACAAAAGUGUGAAGCAGACACUUUAAU